AUGGAGCGUCGGCGUCAUCGUCUACAUCCUGCUCUCCGGCGUUCCGCCAUUCUGGGCAGGCAAGCUACUAUCUCUUACUUCAUCAAUCAACAAUCGGAGCACGGCAUCUUCAACGCCAUCCUGAGAGGGCAGGUCGACUUCACCAGCGACCCGUGGCCGCGCAUCUCGCAGGGCGCCAAGGACCUUGUCAGGAAGAUGCUCAAUCCUGACCCCAAGCAGCGGAUUUCUGCAUACGACGUCCUCAAUCACCCGUGGAUCAAAGAAGACGGCGAGGCGCCUGAUACGCCGCUGGACAACGCCGUUCUCGGCCGGCUCAAGCAGUUCAGAGCUAUGAACCAGUUCAAGAAGGCUGCUCUGAGGGUUAUCGCGGGAUGCCUGUCGGAGGAGGAAAUAAAGGGGCUCAAGGAGAUGUUCAAGAGCAUGGACUCCGACAACAGCGGCACGAUAACCGUGGACGAGCUGCGGCGAGGGCUGGCCAAGAAGGGCACCAAGCUCACCGAGGCCGAAGUCCAGCAGCUCAUGGAAGCUGCCGACGCCGACGGGAACGGGACGAUCGACUACGAGGAGUUCAUCACGGCGACGAUGCACAUGAACAGAAUGGACCGGGACGAGCACCUCUACACCGCGUUCCAGUACUUCGACAAGGACAACAGCGGGUACAUCACGAUGGAAGAGCUGGAGCAAGCCCUGAGGGAGAAGGGGCUGCUCGACGGCCGAGACAUCAAGGACAUCGUAGCGGAAGUCGACGCCGACAACGACGGACGGAUCAACUACACCGAGUUCGCGGCGAUGAUGAGGAAAGGGGACCCGGAGCCAUCCAACCACAAGAAGCGGCGCGACGUCGUCCUGUAG